AUGACUGAAAUUUCAGAAUUUAUCCUUUUGGGUUUUGGGGAUCUCCAUGGACUCCAGUUUUUUCUUUUUGGGAUAUUUUUGACCAUCUAUGUGAUGACUCUUGUGGGCAACAUUGUGAUCCUAACUGUGGUGUUAGCUGAUCACUCCCUUCACAAGCCCAUGUAUUUCUUUCUUGGUCACUUCUCCUUCUUAGAAAUUGGCUACACCACAACCAUUGAGCCCACGAUGCUAAAGACGCUGCUUUCAGCUCAUGAGCCUAUUUCCUUUUCAGCCUGCGCUUGUCAGUUUUAUUUUUUUGCUGCCCUGGUGGCUACAGAAUGUUUCUUCCUGGCUGUAAUGUCUUAUGAUCGCUACAUAGCAAUUUGUAGCCCAUUACAUUACUCCAGCAUCAUGAACCACUGGGGUUGCUUACAGCUAGCUGGUGCCUCUUGGAUGACUGGAUUUAUGGCACCUGUUCUUCUCAUGGUUCUCAUUUUUCAGUUAACAUUCUGUGCUGCCAGUGAGAUUGACCAUUUCUUCUGUGAUUUGAAGCCCAUCAUGAAUCUGGCCUGCACUGAUACACAAGCAGCUGAGAUGACAUCUUUUAUAUGUACCUCUUUAUUUGCCUUUGGCCCUUUCUUGCUGACUUUGGCUAGUUAUAUUCAUAUAAUUUCUACCAUUCUGAGGAUUCCUUCUACUAUAGGUAAACAACGAGCCUUUUCUACCUGUUCCUCUCACCUGACAGUGGUCACUCUAUAUUAUGGUACUCUAGGCCUUGUUUAUGGUUUCCCAUCAGGACCUCAAUAUGCAGAUUUAUUGAAGUUUCUUUCCCUCCUAUAUACAGUGCUCACCCCUGCCCUCAACCCUAUCAUUUACACAUUAAGGAAUAAGGAUGUGAAGGUAGCUCUCAGAAAAUUGUUGCAAAUAAGAAUGUAA